UAGAGUAGAUAAAAACAUCUUAAGAAAUAACCUAAAAUGCUGAAGCAAAUGUGCAGUUCAAAAUUAUUUAUUAUUUUCUUUUAGAUCUCUUCAAGUACAGACCUCUCUGUACUUGAAAUAAAAUGGCCUCUCAAAAUGUUAAAGAAAUACAGAGUAAAUAUUUUAUGAUAGAAUAUGGUCGCACAUUCAAGCAUUUACUGGAAGAAGCCUUUAAAAUACAAAGGAUUAAGUUCACAUCCUACGAUGCCAGUAAACAUUAUAUUGUAUUCGGUGCAAAUAUUGGAAGUUUAUAUGUUUAUGAUAUAGCUAAUAUAACAAAAUGUUCCAAAGUUCUUUCAACCAAGCUGGUCAAACCUAUCAUUAUAAUAUCCAUCUCACCAGAUGAAAGUAACAUUUUAUUCGCAGACGAGAAUGGUUCAGUGAUUAUAUUUGAAAAAUGUUUCUCUGAAAAACCACACCAAACUCAUGUAUUUAAUCAGCAAAAGGGUAAAACCAUUACAGCGGUGCAAUGGGAAGGUAACAAUAAGGCUUAUAUCGGUAAUAGUGAAGGAACAAUAGCGAUUGUAUCAAUCAAAAGCAAAUUUCUAUUCUCAUUACUCCAUACCCCAUAUGUAUCCCUCAUGGAAUUACAUACUCGCAUUGUACAAAUAGAACUGUUAUCUCCAUUGCUGUUAGUUACGACCGAAAAAAAGACAUACGUAUGCAAUGUCGAACAAGAAAGAUAUAAACAAGUAGGAACUCAAGAAACAACAAAAGGUUUCGGAGCCUGUUUUUUCAUAUGUAACUCUAAAGGAAUCAAUUUGUACUGCAGCCGUCCAGGCUUAAGAUUGUGGCAGGCUAGUGUAGCUGGAGACGUUCUUUCCACCCAGAAGUACAAGGGUGUUAAUCCUUUAAUUCAAGAAAUACUGAAGUUUGGAGAAGGUGCAAACGCUCCUCUACAAGUUGAGAAGAUAAACGCCCCCAACGAAAAAAAAAUAAGUUUUGGGAAAGUGCAGUUGUUUGCCGAAAAAUUGCUAUGCAUCGUAAAUUCCGAAAAUAUUUAUAUCAUAGAUCCAGAGGUAGGACAUAUUAUCUUCCACUAUUACAGCGACCAAACUAUGGACGUACGGUUGGUCAAGCGAAAAAUCUUCAUCAGGUUUUCUUCGGGAAAAAUUCUUAUCCUGAACUUCUUCAAGUUCGAGGAGUUAAUGAACGAAAUUUAUUUCAAAAAGCAAUACAGCUCGGGUAUUCGCUUUCUCCUAAGGUACAGAAGCCUGGCCUUAGAAUGGUUGAAAUGUUCUCCAAACGUGAAAUUGAUAACAAACUUGGAGCACAAGCUUUCAAGUGUCGAUAAGGAUUCAGCGCAACAAUUCGCCAAUUUGCUAAACGAAUUCAAAGUAUGGGAGAAAGUAAGCUUAAAAGAGUUCCUCCAGCAAGACGAUCCAAAAAUAAUUAAUGCUAAUCAAGAAGAACCCAAAGUCGAACCCGAAAGUGUGAAAGAAGAACUGAGCAAGGAAAUGGAACUAAUGUGCAAAAAAUACGAUUUGUUCGAAAGCUGCAAUAUAAUCUAUAUGCCGCAAUUUUCGCAGAUGUUGCUGGACCUGAACGAAGACGAAAUGGCGCAGCUAUUCCUCAGUUUUAUCGAGUAUAAAAAGUCGAAGAAUAUCAAUGUAGAAAUGUAUUGGUGUUACACAGAAUUCAUACAUCAUUUUGAUUUAAAGAAAGGUCAUAAAAAUUGGCUUCAACUCAAACCAGAAACUGCAAACCUCUUAAAGGAAAGUUACCUGAAUGUUGAAUAUUCCGGUUUAGCUGUUCAUUCUUGUUCGAAUCCUUCCUGCUUGUACCCCCUUCCUAGUUCGAAAAGAGGACUGCCAAAGCAUGAUAAAAUAGGAAAAGCCAUCGUUAAGUAUUGCGAAGAAGAUGCCAUAUUCAAGAAGAAGCCUUACCUGUGGUUCCAUCGAUUCAACGAAAUAACCACCACAACAUCUUUAGUAACGUAUUUACCAGCAAUACUCCAGUUCGGUUAUAUUAGUAUCUUUCAAAGGUUCGAUAAACAAAUAACUUACAACUUCUGCUAUGAUUUGGUCAGAUUAUACCUUGAGUUGCGUAGGGGGAAAUGUUUGAAUUGCGGAACAGCUUUUUCUGAGGAGUACAUUGCACAUAUCCCCGAUUGGGACAAGUUAGGUCUGGCUCUAGUUCCUUUGAUUGGACCUGUAAAUGUCUUGAAGAUUUUCUCAGAGUUUCAACAGCACAUGCCGACCAAAGGUGGUUUAUCUGAAAAUUUCUAUCUGACCUGCAUGUUUUCAGAGAUUAGCACUCGGGAAUACUCUCCAAAACAUGCUGUUGAAAUGGCUCUUGGCUUCCUCAGCAAUUCCAACACGCAGUCAGAGUUCAAAGAUAGUAUGGGCGACUUCCUUAUGAGUAAAGCCGAUAAAACGAAUACUGCUCAACCUACAAUUAUAAAGAAGGAACUUACCUGCCAUUCUUGCAGUCACUGUAAUACUCCUUUACAACAUCCUGUUUUCAAACAGGUUAAACAGUUAGAAUGUGAUCAUGCUUUCCAUGCAAUAUGUUUAAAUUUCAACAAUAAUAUUUGUACUAUUUGCACCCCUAAUCAAUAAAUUGUUUUAUAUUUCUUUCAA